AUGAGUGGUUUACGCAAUACCAUGAAGGGUGGCUGGCACCCUGAAGGUAAGGAAGGUGGAAAGGAAAGCUGGCGUGGUGAUUUCAAAGGUAUUAACCAAGUGGCUGGGUGGAUGGGGAAGGGCAAGGAAAGCGAAUCCUCUAGCUCUGGCUCUAAACAGACCUCCGAACCACAAGGGGGUAUCAGAGGUUCAGUGUCUGGGUGGAUGGGAAAGGGCAAGGAAGGUGACUCUUCCGUUUCUGGCUCUGGACAGGGGGGACUCAGGGGCCAAGUGGCUGGCUGGAUGGGAAAGGGCAACGAAUCCAACUCCAACCGCUCUGACCAUGUCUCGCAACCAUUGUCAUCCCUUAAAGACCCAUCUUCCUUUGGGCCCCCUCCCAAACAUAUCAAUUACCAUGGAGCAGCCGCGGUGCCAAAUCAGACAACACCCGACCGCCGGGGUGUAGGAGCUCCGCUGUCCCAAGAUCAAAUCAACGCCCAGAAUUCCCAUCGACAGCAAGCAGCCGAAGCAGACGAACAGUUCCAAAAGCCCGCCCCGCCUCCGGUACCGUAUCGCGUCAACACAAGCGGCCUAUCUACAGACAAUCUCCCUCCACCACCAGUGCGACGAUUAGACUCAGAAAGUUCCGCCUCAACAAGCUCGAUCUCGAAGUCAAAGCCACCAAAACCCCCGCCACGACUUCCUGCCCGCAAUGGAUCCCCCAGCUCCGACCCACCCCCCGCUUAUUCCUCCGCACCGGUGCUCUCCCACGAUUAUAUCAAUCAAGAUGCUACGUCUCGUCUAGCAAACGCCGGCAUCUCGGUUCCUGGAUUUGGGAUUGGUCAGGAGAAAUCUUCAUCGUCUGCACACACGCCUGUCAAUGAGCUACAGUCACGCUUCUCCCAGAUGAACACCUCGGGAUCUCCAUCGGCACCCACCCUGCCUGCUCAGGCGUCGACGAACAUCGACUCGCAGUCUGCAGGCAGCACAUCCUCUCUCCACAACUUCCGUGAGCGCCACGCAGAUAGCAUCGAUUCGGGAAAGCAGAAAUACGGUGAUUUCCGUGAGCGUCACGCCGACUCAAUCGAUUCAGGCAAACAGAAGUUGAGUGGUUACGCGUCGCGGCUCACUGGCUCUUCUCCAGCAGCGCCUAGCCCACCGGCCCGGCCCGCAUCGAAUACUUCUAUGAACUUGGAACCGGCCGAGCCCGCGCGGGGCACCUCCUCUGUGCAAGAUUUCCGCGAACGCCAUGCGGACAAGAUCGACAUGGGUAAAGAGAAGUGGAGUGGAGUCACAUCGCGCUUUAACACAUUUGUAGAGGACCGCAAGUUCUCCGCCGAAGCCAACAAACGGAUUCCACGUCCACCCCCACUUUCUCGUCCCAUCUCCAUGGCGCAGUCGAACUCUCCAGCGGCGUCACCCGCAGAGCCCGAUAUCCAGACCCAAGCCCAACGCAAGAAGGCCCCUCCGGCACCUCCGCCCAAGCGGGCUGAAUUUCGUGCAUCCCCGGUUGACGCUUCGUCGCCAUCAGUUCCGGGGCCUCCUCCCAUUCCCCAUAACACCAAGCCCCGCUAA